AUGAGCUACGCGUACCUGUUCAAGUACAUCAUUAUUGGCGACACGAGCGUGGGCAAAUCCUGCAUUCUGCUCCAAUUCACCGACAAGCGAUUCCAGUCAGUCCACGACAUCACGAUUGGUGUGGAGUUUGGGGCCAGGGUGGUCAAAAUCGGUGGUGAGGACGUCAAGCUGCAAAUUUGGGACACUGCCGGACAGGAGUCGUUCCGGAGCAUCACCAGGAGCUACUACCGGGGAGCGGCUGGCGCUCUUUUGGUCUAUGACAUCACACGCCGAGAAACGUUUGACCAUUUGCUGGUGUGGCUGGAGGACGCACGCCAGCACUCCUCGCAGAACAUGGUGAUCAUUCUGUGCGGCAACAAGGCCGAUCUCGAACACAAGCGUGCCGUCUCGCGGAAGGAGGGCGAGCGAUUCGCCGCCGAGCACGGUCUGCUCUUCCUCGAGACCUCUGCCAAGACUGCGGAGAAUGUGGAGGAGGCCUUCUUCCGCUCCGCCAACAUCAUCAACGACAACAUCCAGAAGGGAAUCUUCAUUCCCAACGAGACCUACGGAAUCAAGCUGGGACCGGCCCAGGGCAAUACCUCCGAGGUCGGCAGAGGCGACGGCCGCGGCGGCACCAUCACCACGCCCGGCGAGGGCGGCGGCUGCUGCUGA